AUGAUUGGUCGUAUCAUUGCUAUUCCAUAUGAUAAUGCUAGUAUUCGUUAUGCAUUCACCCUUUUGUGUCGAACAGUCUUUUAUAUCUUCAAGAAUUGUGAGGAAGUAGUAGACGUAUGGUCUGAUACUACCGAUAGUGAUAUUCUAAGAAAAGCUUUCGUGCAUACAGUCCGUGUAAUGUUGCUACAUUUUAUAGCUGGUAUUCUUACAUGGGGUACUCCAGUAAUGCAAUUACAGCUGUUGUUAGCUAAUACCUGUCUUGGUAUUAACGACAUCAUCGUUAUCAAUGAUAAAGUUUUUAUCAAAAGAUUAGACUUGUCUUUUGCAUCGACUGUAGUUUGUGAUUUUUUAGCACUUCUGGUUCGUCGAGCAAUGGGUUCUUCCGGUUCAUCUUCCACCUUUUCUUCUUUAUCUUCAGUAGCAUCUAUUUCCAUAGGAUAA